UUGUUGAAACGAGUGAGCCUGGUGUUUUUGAUACCGUUGUACGAUACUGCCCGAAUAUUCUUGUGCUUGCUGCUCCAAUGACCAAGAAUCAACUUCCGUGUCUGUAUCAAUUACUGCGUUAUUCAUCUUGUCGUCUAACGAGCCUGAGUCUGUUUGCUCCAGACCGUAGUAAACGUUGCAGCAGUCACGACUUUACAACCGAGUUGGGCGCACUGCUACCAAAGACAUUGAAACAUUUAAAUUUGUGUAUAUGUAUAGGUAUUAAAGCAAUGCAAGUGUUUCUCAAGGAAGCACCAAGGAGUUUAGAGACUCUGUAUGUUGAGGGAUGGACUUCUUUUAAUCCAGUACAGAGACGAGUGGCAGAGGAGUAUUUGGCGGGAAGUAACAGAAAAGAAAAUGCUAUCCAGUUUCUGAAAUAUGCUAUCUGA